UUAAUGCAGGUGUGUCAGCUAGAGCAUCAACUCUUCAAUCACUUCUUCCCAUCUUCUUCAGAGGACAUUUCAAGUUUGACUCCUCUUGUAGAUCCUCUGUGCACUUUCCUUUAUGAUACAUUGCGCCCUAAACUUAUUCACGAAACAAACCUGGAUGUUCUUUGUGAACUGGUUGAUAUCCUUAAAGUUGAAGUUCUCGGAGAACAACUGAGCAGACGGGGUGAAUCAUUGGCUGGGCUGCGUCCAACUCUGGACAGGAUUCUAGCAGAUGUCCAUGAACGAUUAACUUUUCGUGCUCGCACCUAUAUCCGUGAUGAGAUUGCCAACUACCUUCCUUCAGACGAGGAUUUGGAUUACCCUAAAAAGUUGGAGCAAUCUGUGUCAGCAGAACUAAAUUCACCAUCUACUGAACAAAACCCAGAUGUGUCCGGAACCUGGUAUCCACCAUUGGAGAAAACCAUCUCAUGUCUAUCAAAACUGUACUGUUCUCUAGAAUCAGCUGUUUUUACUGGAUUAGCCCAGGAAGCUGUAGAGUUCUGCUCUUUAUCCAUCCAAAAAGCUAGCAAACUUAUUGGCAAAAGAUCGUCAUCGAUGGAUGCACAACUUUUCCUGAUAAAGCACCUACUCAUCCUAAGAGAGCAGAUUGCCCCAUUUGACAUAGAAUUUUCAGUCACACACAAGGAGCUUGAUUUUUCGCAUUUACUGGAGCAUCUCAGGCGGAUUCUAAGGGGUCAGGCGUCAAUCUUUGACUGGUCAAGAUCAACUUCAUUAGCUAGAAAUUUAUCUCCACGAGUUUUGGAAAGUCAAAUUGAUGCCAAGAAGGAACUGGAGAAAAGCCUGAAAGCUACAUGUGAGGAGUUCAUCAUGUCAGUGACUAAGUUGGUCGUGGAACCAUUGCUUUCUUUCGUGACAAAGGUUACAGCUGUUAAAGUUGCAUUAUCUGGUAGUCAAAAUCAAAAACCGGUGUCUGGGAUUGCAAAGCCACUCAAGGAUCAUGCUUUUGCUUCGCCAGAAAAGAUCGCUGAGCUUCUUCAGAAGGUCGGCACCGCAAUAAAUGAAGAUUUGCCUAGGAUAUUGGCCAAAAUGAAGCUCUAUCUGCAGAAUUCAUCGACACGUGCUAUACUUUUCAAACCCAUUAAGACUAAUAUAUUGGAAGCACACGUUCAAGUGCUAUCCCUUCUGAAAAAAGAAUAUACACCAGAGGAUAGACAAGACCUUCUUGUCAAGAUGGUCUCGAUACAGGAUUUGGAAGCUCAAUUAGAUAAGCUUCUAUAGUGAGACAGACUUAUCAUUUAGUGAUUGUCAUGAAACUUGUACCUGAUGAGCUUCCCAAAGCAUGGCUUUCUUCAUUGUAGAGGUUCUGGAUUUUGGCAUGCUGCUAGUCCAAUUCAUUUUCAUUGAUUAUACGAUGAUUAUAGCUUGAUAGAGAAACAACUUCGAAUCUGGCUUUGAGAUUUGUCAUUAUCAGAAUUUCCCUCUGGUUGUGACGGAA